AUGGCGUACAACGCUGUCUCCCAAGCCGAUCUGGAGACGGCGACCAAUUCGGAUGCCUCCCGCAGUCCCUCACCACAGCGCAGAUCGUUCCAGCAACUGCCCUUGGAUGCAGAUCAUAUCGGAGGAGGGAGCUAUCUGCAAACCGCGAAGAAUACAGAGGACUCCACUGUGCACCGGUUAUCGUCGUUGAUCCGAUCGAUGACUACCAGCUACGAUAUGGUCGAAGACGACGACUACGAAGGCGUCGAUCCUUCAGCGACGCGGCAUCCCAGUAGUCCCCGUCGCGUGCCUCCGCCCCUCAAUACGGCGACGGCGACUUCGACCGCGGCGGCGGCAGCAGCAGCAGCAGCACAAGCCAGUUCCCCUGAACCGCCCCUUCGGACCCCGGUCACCGACCACCCCGUACCCCUCAGCCAUCCGACUCCCGGCCUCGAAUCCUUACAGGGUGCGUACCUCAAUAAUGUGGAAAGGCUGGAGAGGAGUGCCGAACGUCUCAGCUGCAGCUCUGCGGAUAUCGGGAGUGAAAUUCGUCGUAUGAAUCGCGAGCAGAAGAAACGCUCCGGUAGUUCGGCCUCCAAUACCACUCCAGCGGACGGGCUUCCCGUAAAAACCACUAUGUCCCGUCAGGGGUCAAUUCAAUCCACCUCUCGGUUGGCGCAGGUUUCUGAACAUGGCAUUGAAGAACGUUACUACCAGUCUACGACGCAGGUUCCCAUCGAACCUUUCCUCCCCCCCCCUCCUCCCCCUCCCCACACCCACGGCGAACUCAACUUCUUGCCUCAGGUUCAGUUUGACCAUGCACCCUUGCACGAGCUGGAACGGCCAUCCACGGCGGCUUCGAAUGAUACCUAUCAACAAGCGAGGGUUUUAUUUACAGACUUUGAUGGCGUGCAUUACGUCCCACAGGAGAGGGGUCAGGAUCUGAUGCGACGAGUGUCCUUGACUCGACCCCCUCUGGCCAGCCGGCCCGAAUCCUACAAGGAGCCCCAGUCCGGAGAAGAUAUGGUGUACUACCCGGCUCCGGUUCCCAUGAUGCUGAACCUACCCCCUCGUUUGUCCCAACGGCCCAAUUCUGACCGGGAGAAGCGUCGCACGCAGCUGUUGAGUUCAGUCCCGGCGGACAAACGAAAGUCGGCGGCGUGGCUGUCGGGCCCUGACCAGCAGGAUGGAAGUGGAACACCACCGGAGAAGAAGUUGUCGGACCUCCCGCCCCAACUUCGCGCCAGUGUCUUUUUCGAGCCACCGACCGCGUCGCUCGAUAUCGAUAUCAAGAAAGACUCCGCAGUGGCGACCCUCGAUAGCAUUCUCGACGCCUCGGCACAUGCCCCGGUGACAGCCUUCACCGAUCACCCGUAUGCUGGUCGUCUUGGUCGAGAAGUGUACGGCAGCUCCAAACCCAAGACGUCUACCAAAGACCUCUCAGAGCAGCGGAAGAAACAUGCUUCCAGGAGCACCCUGCAGGUUGAUCAGCAUGCGUCCGACACGGAUACCCGUGCCAAUUCGCUCGCGUCACGCCCGGCGUACACCCAAACGGAGGCCGAGGCGGCCAACAUCCACGAAGGUGCAUCGUUGCGUGAAGAUGUUGGCCACGGUUCGGAAGGCGAAGAAGAGCACCCGAAUGAUGACGAAGGAGAGGGUGGCGAGCAGGACGUCCCGUUCAAUGGGCCUCCUACGACUUUGUUGGCGGAGCUGGAAAUGAGGAAACAUGAGUUGCAGAAACGACAGCGUACUGCCGCCACCUCCGUUGGGAUGUAUUCCACUCUCUUGCAGCUCGAUGCUGUAGCACAGAAACAGAGUGAGCACCGGCGACAGCGGCCGAUUACGUUGGCCUGGGAGAGCCCUGAUGUUCAAAACAGGGAGGGUGAUGAUACUGAUGAUGUGCCCCUGGGCAUGUUGUUCCCGGAGAAGGCCCACCAGGCCGACGAGCAGCGGCCAUUGGGGCUCAUGGAGAAACGACAGAUGGAGGAAAGCGAACCUCUCAGUCGACGACGUGCAAGGCUGCGAGGUGAACCACCACCGCCUCCGCGUACCCCUGAUCGGCGCCCUACUACUGUGUACUCGCAGAUGGCGCCGGAACCCACGCAGCCCGAUAGUGGCGACGAGGAAGAAACCCUGGCUCAGCGGUUAGCCCGGCUGAAGGCAAACAACCGCACGAGCACGGCCGUUGAGAGCGAAUUCGCAACGGAGAUUCUUGCCGAGCUCAACCACCUGAACGCGGAGGAGAAGGACAUUGAGGUUGCCCCCGAAGAUGAGACGCUGGCACAGCGACGGGCUCGUCUGCAGAAGGAGGCGGAGGCCAAAAAUUCCACCCUAAAAAUUCCUCGAUACCGCCGAAGUAUGGCGGACAUCCUCCAUGCACGACGCCCGCUCAACGCAGGACGACCGCCUGGACAGGAUGCUGCAGCAUCGCAAGGGCCUCCCCAACUGCGCUCGUUUGAUAACCGAACGUCAAUGUAUCAGCUCCCGAUUCAACCCGGACCCUCUGCGAGACCCCAAUCGUUUAUGGUGCAUCCGAAUACCUUCUACAGUGACGCAAUCCUGGGGAAGGGCCAUAUGAGCUACGCCAUGCCGCAUAAUUACCAUCCACGGGUUGUUCCGCACACGAUCGAUCCCGGCCAGCGGGAGGUGAUUGAUCGCUGGAGACAGAGUAUUGUAUAG